GCCCUCCUCCUCCUCCUCCGUUGGGCCUCUGGCCGCCAUGGCCGACGGAGGUCCCCCGGUGCCCGCCGCCGUGCGGGCCUUCCUGCUGCGGCACCCGGCCCUUCGCCUCGACCCCGCCCGGGGAAAGGUGCGGUGCCUCCUGAGCGGGCACGAGAUGCCGUGCCGCCUGGCCGACCUGCAGACCUACACGGGAGGGGCCAAGUAUCGCCGCCUGGCCGGAGGGGCCCCCCCGGCCUUCUGCUACACCCAAUUCCAGCCCCACAUCGUGCCCGACCAUCACAACACGCACCAGCUGUUCUGCAAGCUCACGCUACGACGCAUCAACAAACUUCCAGAACACGUGCUCCGCCACGUCCGGGGCCGCCGCUACCGGCGCGCGCUGCAGAGAUAUGAAGAAUGCCAGAAGCAGGGCGUGAAAUUCGUCCCCGCCUGCCUGCUGCAGAAGAAGCGGCGGAGAGAAGACCAGGCCGGCGGCCACGGGCAGCCCCAGAGGGAGGGCAACUUCUGGGAACCCGCGUCCAGUGACGAAGCGGGAAACGAGAGUGAUGACAGCAUGACAGACCUGUACCCCCCCACGCUGUUUACCGAAAAGAGCGGAGCCGAGGCCGGAGACGGCCGCGCCGCCUCCUUGUCCGGCGGAGAGGGAGGAGGGCCAGCGCCUUCGGGAGAGAACGGCGAUGUGAGCGGAGGAGAGAAGAUGGAGGUGGAUGAGUUGGCCGGCACCAAGAGGGGAAAGAAGCGGCCGGCGUCUGUAACGAAGUUCAAGAGCCACCACCACCAUAAACCCAAGAGCUUCAAGAGGAGGGCAGAUGUUAAAUAACCUCCGUGGAGUAAAACAAUCCACGGCUAUUGUAAAUGAGGAGGAGGAAAGCGCAGGGCCAGAAAGAAAGGGGAGACCUUUUAAGUCUCCUCCAGUGUCUGCCCCUGGGUGCGGGGGGCGGGAGUGGAAUUAAAAGAGAUGGAUUUUGAAGGACUCGGGGCUGCUAUAGAUUGUGAUAAAGCCAGCACGGUGGAAGUUGAAA